CUGCAUGAACCCACUUCUUUUAACCAACUUUUUAUCCAAAUUAUUUAUAAUGAACUGAGUUUAUUCAGCCUGUAAUAUAUCCCCCCCAUCCUCUCCCUCUCUGCCCGUCUCCCACCAUCACCACCACCGCCAAAUUGGGAGCCUGUCUCUAUGACAACGUGGUACAGGCGGGGUUUUCCAGCUGGAGGCAGAGUCAGUCAAUCAGUCCUCAGUUGGCAUCACCGCUCCAAACCUCCACACCGCAUCACGCCCUGAGUGGAAUGGAAGAAGAAAAGGACCAGAAAGACAAUGGGGAGUACACAGGAGAGAUAAAGGGUGGGAUGAGGCCUUCAAUGAAGCUGGUUGUUAUGGGAAUUAUUAACAAAAAACCCAAAAGCAUCGAGGUGAUUCUGUCCAGUCAGCCUCUGGAGGAGGUGACAGACGCUGAUGUAGGACUUCAGUUAAAGGUGAGCUUCAUGGAUAAGGCCGUCCAGCGAAACGCCCGCCAGGCUGGGAAGUGGGGACGACCUGAAACUACCCUCUCCUACUUCCCUUUUGCAGCAGGAGAAUCCUUCAAGAUGGAGAUAGUCUGUGAGCACCAGCAGUUUCGUAUCUUGGUGGACGGACAGCCUCUGUGUGGAUUCACCCACCGGAUCUCCCCUCUUGCCUCCCUCACUGCCUUACGAGUCGUUGGAGACGUACAGCUCACCAAGGUGGCCUAGCAGCAGCCUCUCAUGUUGGGGACAUUACACAACACAUACAGUUAGAAUAAUACUACUUUUUGAGUGAAUAAAUUAACCCAUGACGGGGAAACAAAGUUACACCUGCCUCGUAAUCACGUGUUAAGUGCCUUCACUAGAUUACCUGUUUGGGGACUUGAAGAUAAUGACUGAAUGUAACAGUCGUCAAUGUCUUAACUACAACCGAGGAAUGUGAUUUGAACUGAAGCAAAUGUGGUCUAAGCUAGAAUAAUAUUUUCCCCUUCCUAUUUGUACAAACGUGAUGCGUCACUGCUAAAAGGAGUGCCUCAUCCGUCUUUGUGCAUCCAAAUCUCAGACGUGUGUCUUUGAUUUCUCUGGAGUUAACCUUUGAAAGCACUUACGUUUACGAGCGCCUGCAUGAAGAUGAAUGUUUCUGAUAUCAACUGAUUGUCAAUCUGUGGCCGACCAAGUACUGUAACAGGUGUAAUAAUGUCAAACGAUUUAGCCUACAUUAGUGCAUGCCAGUAAUAUUUCACUCCCCUCAGUUUGCCUCCAAAGAUGGAGGGAUUAGGUUAUAUCACACUUUCUGUUACCAUUAUCAGCUUUAAAAAGCCACUAACGCCCACUGAUUUAUGUACUUUUAAUUUACCCCUGAGCACUUUUUAUGAUUCAUAUUCACUGCAAUAAAUCACUUUUGUUGUUAUGUUU